AUGUCGGUGGUGAGGAUGUUGGUGGUGGUCGUGCUGCUAUUCCUCCUCUCCUGGGGUCCAUUCCUUAUGGAGAGUGUCCUCACUUCCUUCGGCGUGAUCGACGAACUUCAUACCUCACCAGAGUUGAAGCACAUGAGGCUCGCUUUUGCACUCAUGGCUUACUUCAACAGGUCUGCUGUUCUCGAUCAAAAAUUUUCGUGA